AUGGCAGACGUGGGAGAAAACUCAGCGCUCGACGACAGCGGGGGUUUUCUUGAAGGGCUUUUUGACAAUGAUUCGGACGUAAUAACCCGACGAAUUCCUUCCCGCAAUACUGAGUAUGCUCAACCGCACUACUGGCGAGCGCGAUACGCGGGAGAGAAAACCAUCCUUUAUGACUGGUACGAUGUUGACUUCGAGUCCUUCUGGCAAUCGCACAUUGCGCCUCUCUGUUCAAUAGAAGAAAUGAAAGGGAGGGGACUACAGGAGCUGGAUAACUCUUUCCAAAAUGGAAGUCACUUACUGGUCCAUGAAUCAUCUUCCACACCAGCAGUGCGAGCAACAGCACCAACAGCAGAGGCAGCAUCCGGAUCUGCAGAGGCUGGGACAGAGGAAAGGGCAGCAGCAGUGGCACCGCUGGUGGUGGUGGAGAUAGGCAGCGGCAAUUCAGAGUGGAGCAUGCGCAUGGCAGAGAGGGGCCUACAUGUGAUCAGCACGGAUGUGGAUGCUGGUGUGAUGGCAUCCAUGUCGCGACUCCAUGCCUCACAUCCUCGCUUUGCCGCCCAUCCAGUUGACCGAAUGGUUGCUGAUGCACGAUGCCUGCCAUUCCGGGGGGUGGUGGAUAUCGUGGUGGAUAAGGGAACCGUGGAUGCUCUGCUGUGCCAGCCACCUUCUAAGGAGUGCAAGUUACAGCCACUUUUGUGUGAGCCUAUGAAGGCGGCACCUUCAGGGAAACAAACGGUCAUGCCACUUCAAGUUGUGCUUUGGACAGAAGCUGAGAAGAGUGAUGGUGUGACAUCCCUUGCCAGGUCAGUGCACAGAUCGUUGAAGCCAUGUGGUGCCUGGUUGCUAGCCAGUGCCAAGCCAUCAGUUGUUCUGCUCUCUGCAAUCGGUCAUCAGCAGAUGAGCCGGCAUUCAAGUUCAGCCUCCUCAUCUUUACCCAUAUCAGAUGGAUUGGAAAGGAGAUUUUGUGUGGAUGUGCUCUCUGAGUCAUCAAAUAAUGGAGUCACUGUAUUGUAUCUGACAAAAGAGUCAGACAUGAGAUUAUGUGAAUCUGUGUAA